GAAAGGGACAAAGUGAUGCCCCUAAUUAUACAGGGUUUUAAAGAUGCUGCAGAAGAAGCAGGAACAUCUGUAACUGGUGGCCAAACAGUGUUGAAUCCCUGGAUCGUGUUGGGUGGAGUGGCUACAACAGUCUGUCAGCCCAAUGAGUUUAUCAUGCCUGAUAAUGCGGUGCCAGGAGAUGUGCUUGUGUUGACAAAACCCCUGGGAACACAAGUAGCUGUAGCUGUGCAUCAGUGGCUGGAUAUU